AGGACCCGCUCCAGCGUGCAGUAACCAUGACGACCACUUAAUUACUCAGGCGCUGCUGGUGCUGCCGCCGCCGCCAUCACCGGCCUCUCCACGAUGAUUUCGUUUUUCUCCCUUCCCAAGCGCGAGCUUUACGCUCUUGAGAACGCGGAAAAGGCCACCCAGCAGCUGCAUGACCAGUACCAGCACAUCCUUGCGCCCCUGUCCCUGUUCCCCGCCAGUCUCUCCAGGUUGAGGACCUCGAUCGAGGAAGCGUCCCCCUCUGCCCUCCGGUCCCGGCAGAAAGUGGUGCCUGUGCCCAUCUCCCUGACCGCCCUCAUGCAGCUGGUAAAAGGGAGGCUGGAGGUGGGGCCUCAGUGGGCGCACAUCCCCCACCGGCAGCAGUGGGCCUUCCGGCAGAUCAUCCUAACUGAGGUCAAGCACAUUUUCAAGGAUGUCCAACAUUCGCUGUACGACCCGGCCUUCAGCCCUCAGACAAACCGGGAUCUCUACCAGCACCUGGUGACCUACAUUGGCUUGGUAUGCCAGCAUCUCUUCCUUCACUACCUGUAUCUCAUGGAGCACCGCCGUACGCUGGCCAUCUUCACCGACUACGCCAACCUCACGCGCUUCUCUGCCCAACUCUCCCUGGACUGCUCUAGGUUCCUCAACGUGGCAGCCGUCCGCCACCGCCUAGUAAUAGAGAUGAAAACCCUGCAAAGCCGCCAGACGGAGGCAUCCAAGAAGCGGCUUAGCACAAUGGGUGGAAAGUUGCCACAGAGCCAGAGCUGCCGCUUGGGUUUCACCAUCGAUCACUUCAUCAGGCUCACCAGACCUCACGUGCCAACCAUGAAACAGAAGAUAGCGAAAGAUAUCAAAGAACUUGAGGAAUUGCCAUUGUUGGACAUGAACAAAAUAAAGCAAUUAAACCUACCAACACUGAGCUCGAAUAUCCACUUGAGACAAAUGCCAUGUGCUGCAGUCCCAAUGCCUUGCCCAUGUACGGCUACUUUGGGCGACUGGGCUAAACCACAACAGGCUAGGCAGGCUUUUUCUACCAGUCUUAGGAAGAGCCAGUCACUGCCCAAUAUGAGAAUUGGGCAGCUCCUAGUGGAUGAACUUGGAAUCCGUUUAACUCUGCGCCGUCUCAGCCCUGAUCUGCCUUGCCACUUCACUGAGACCACUGAGGAUGAUGACAUCAAGGGACCGGCACGGCUGGCUGAGGACCUCCGAUGGCUAGCACAGAGAUCAGUCCUGAAAAGCAGCCUGCCGAAAGGAGAGCAUGAUGAUGGUGAUGAUUCAGAGCUCCCCCCUCUCAUUAAAGCCUUGACACGGCGGAAGGCUAAUGAAGCCCGUCUGGAGCACCUUCAGAGAAUGCUUUCUUCUCUACAACAAGAGGAGUCUUUUGAGAUGUCACGGAGAAACACCAUCAUAGCUGCUCCAGCCUCUCAUCCUCAGGCUGCAACAGUGAACUUUAAAGUCAAUGAUAGGAUGGUUGUGAAGGCGGCUGAUAUGCAAGUGUCAGAAAGAACCUACUUGGAGGCUUUGGCUUUGGAGAGAUGCCCAGCAAUUUACAACCACCUCCUUGGGGAGAUAGAUAAUGCUACACUGAAGUCUCUGGAUGCAAAUCUUUCCACGGGGCAAGAGGUCAGGGAUAUGUACAAGGAACUGAUGAAUACCAUCCCAAAAGACCACUUGAAGGUGGACCUAGGGCCCUUGACAGAAUCACCUGCAACCAACAUGCAACUGGCUGGGUGCUUUGCUUCCUCAACACUGACUAGGAAGAAAAGCGAGCAGAUCAUUAAUGAAGAACUGAGUAAAAUCCUGCCGGCUGGACCAUACUACCCUGAUGUAGUGAUAGACACACCCAUGACCCCAAAUCUACCUUUCAAAAGGAAUGUGGGUAAAAAACAAUAUGCCUCUUGGCUGAAAUGGUGGAAGGCAACUUUUAACACCGAUGAUUAUCUGAAGUAUAUUGGCAUCAAGGAAUCCGAUUAUUUGCCAGUGAUAUUUCAUUUGUACAGUGAUAAGGACACAGAGGAGGAGGAGCCUUUAUUAAGCAAGGAGGAAAUCAAGAAACAAGAGAAGGUGAAGAAAGAAGCAAUAAAGAAAGCUGCCGAGCUUCAAAUGAAGCAGGAAGAAUUUGAACCUGGGAAGUGGAAUUCCAAUAGCAUCAACGUGGGGGGAUUGGGAACUUUUGUUUGCUAUAACCACAAGCCUGAAGAUCUCAAGGUCUUCCAGAGAAGGCUGGAAAGACUCUGGACAGUUCUUCAUUUCACUGAACGGGAAAGACUGGAUAUGGCAAUUAAGUACAGCUCUAACCAAUAUUACUUGCUGCUCCCAGAAAUGCUCCAGGCCUGGGAGGCAGCAGCACGGGCUAUCCAGGACCGGGAGCUCAUGCUGGCUGAACUGGAAAAGUUUGAAGAAACUGCUUCGGAUCCAAACCGCUUGUUCAGCAGGGCCCCCCAGUCCUUUGCAAUGCGAAUGAAGGAAUCUAGAACCAGGAGCCGCUUGCACUCUGAGCUGGCUCGCUAUGACUCAGAGAUCUCUUUCAUUCUGAACCACAUCAAAGCAACUUUCAAUGACACAGUGACCUUCAAGGGGCGCCCAUAUGUGCAGAAGAUGGCAUGGGACACAGUGGAGAUGCUUUAUUGGUUGCAACAGGAGCGCCGUGCUAAUACACUGAGGAAAGCAGUCCAAAGAAGGAGCCAAAUUAGGAGACUCCCCUCUGUUAUUUAAAGACUGGCACCAGUGUCCAGAUAACAGGUCAACACACGAAGACAGCAGUUGAGGACAUCUCUGCACAGGCACCAGAUCCAUUUGCAUAUUUUCUAGUCGAGUUCCCCUUCAAACAAGCCAAAGGUCAAGGAACAUGGAGUCAGCCCCAGCAAUCUAGAUGUAAUUUUGUGCCAUGGUCUAGGAGGCAGGCAAUGGAUUCAUGCAAACAGCAACAGCCACAAAGGUGUAUAUGUGGACGGGUACCAAAUUCCAAGACGCAGUGUGCCUUCACCUAGCUCAUUUCACAUUUCAGAGGAUCUGCAGGAAUUUGUGAGAUGUGCCUUAUCCACCAAUGAAUGCAAUCCCAUGAAGAAUGUAAGGUUCCUGAUAUCCUCUAAAAAUGUUUCUUAUCCUCAUGGUUUAAAGUAUUGGCAGGAUCUUUGAAAGGCUCUAGUAUUUAAAUUUGUUAUAGCUUACAGACUGCAAUAGGCUUGCUGAGCUUCUUCUGCUAGCCUUACCUUCCCAUCCUCAUUGCCUUGUCACUUUUCUCUGCUGCCAUAUUUCUGGGAUGCUGACGCUCAUUCAUAAUUGCCUUGGAUCAAUCUUCUCCAGAUAUGUUUCCAACAGCUUGCACCUCCCAAGAGGGACACCAUUCCCCUUGCCUGCACGAUGUGCAAAGAUUCAUGAUACACCCACCGCAUUCUGCCAUGCACCACUCCCUCAAUCCCCCUAGGGUUUCUGGUACUGGCUGCACCCAACAGCUCCCCCCCCCACCUGCACUCUGUUCCAUUGUGGAUGACAGCAGCUGGCUGAGGUGGCUGUGCCAGUCUCCCUGGGAGAGUGAGGAAGUGGAGCAAGGCAGUUUGGCGUAUGAAUACAGAGGUUCCAUUCAACUGCAGACAGGCAGUACAGGUUGCCCUCAAGAUGAUGGAAGCUGGGGCAGAUGCGUUUUGUCCUGUCCCACAGUUGAAUAGUACUGGGGCCUGAGUGGCUUACCCAUCAAUCCCAGAAGGCAGCUGGAGAGUAUACGCAAAACAAAACAAAACGUGUGGUGGCAGUGGGGAGGCCAGCAACUAGUUUUCUUACAGGGCCACUUUUGACAAGAGGGUGUGGGUGGAAGUCAAGACUACAAUCCUCAUCCUGCUGGAUGGCUGAGUUAUUCUUGUUAUUACAUCAAAUUCCCUUCACAUCUCUUAUACCUGCGGGUAACCAGACAAGACAGCUAACAUCUUUUGGGAGCUGGGUUUUAUGCAGAGCCACCAGUUGCUGCUCCCUGUGCUAGACAGACACCUGACUCUUCCCCCACCCAGAUCUCGUCUUCUCUGUCUAAUGCAGAUGGCCAUCCUGGCACUUAUCACUGUAUAUUAGCUCCAUGCUCUAGAUCAGGGAUGAGGAACCCGUGGCAUUCUAGAUGUUGUUGGACUCCAAUUCCCACCAGUUCCAGGCAGCAGAGCCAAGAGCCAGGAAUGAUAGGAGCUGUUGUAGUCCAACUUCCGGAAGGAGAGAUGCCUCGUCCCUGCUCAAACGUGCAGCACCUAGAACCAGAGCUUGGAAAAGUUACUUUUUUUGAGCUACAACUCCCAUCAGCCCCAGCCAGCAUGGCCACUGGAUUGGGCUGAUGGGAGUUGCAGUUUAAAAUAACUUUUCCAAGCUCUGCCUAGAACACUACGUGACAAUAAAUUGUAAUCAUUGGUGGCUAUGUUGGUCCUGUAGAAUAGACAGGAAGAUCCCAAAAGAAGUUUUAGUGGUGCCAUUGGAAUAAGCUUGUUUCACAGGAUUCUUCCUGCCUGAUUAAGAGUGCUGCACCACCAAAGGCUUUAAACACUGGCUCUGUUAAUAAAAUAUAUCUCACAGAUCCCCCACCUCUACAGUUGUGCCACUAGUGUUAAUGUUAUCAAUUAACCCUGGCAGCUUUU